UCUAUUAGCCACUACUGGUGGUCGCUCCAUCAUUUUCCAAUCUCACCUGAAAAAAAAAUAAACCUUCAAGCUGCCCAAUGUCCAACACGGCAAGCCAAACGCGCGCGUCCGUGGAAAACGUGCGGUAACCGAGCCGUGAAAACCCUAGCGCUCCUGCUGUGCUGACCAGGGUAUAUAUGGGAACCUGCAAGCUGCAACGCUUCCUGCUACAUCCUCAGCACACUUCAUUCACCAAUCGCCUAGCUUGUUCAUCAUCACUCAACCAAUCCCAGCCAAUCAGCGAAGCGGCGUUUCGAUAGCUAGCUAGGCAAAGCAGCUAGAGCAAGCGGCGGCGGCCAGCGGGAGGGAUCGGAUCCAUGGCGUUCAUGCGGUACCGCGCGCUGCCGCAGGGGGAGCCGACGGUGGAGGAGUUCCGGGCGUGGCUGGCGCAGUUCGACGCCGACCGCGACGGCCGGAUCAGCCGGGAGGAGCUGCAGCAGGCGCUGCGGAGCCUCAACGUGUGGUUCGCGUGGUGGAAGGCGCGGGACGGGGUGCGCGCCGCCGACGCCAACGGCGACGGCGGCGUGGCCGGGGACGACGAGGUCGCCCGGCUCUUCGCCUUCGCGCAGAGGCACCUCCACGUCAAGAUCAACCAGCUCGGGUACUACUGAGCGCUGACGACCUCAGGCGACGGCGACGGCGAUCGUCGGCGACGUGAGUGUACUUGUAUGGAUGGAUGUGCAUGCUGUUACUUCUUCGUUUCUUUUUCUUUUUCUCUUGGACCCUGGUGGAUGCCUUGUUCAAUUGUUAUAAAUGGUGUAUGGAUUUUUCCCCCUUUUGGCUUUUGGUAAUGUUUUGUGUGGUAACUGUGUUGACACGAUUGUGCACUCGUACUCGUAUUUCCAGCAUCACAACUUUGUUGUGGUCUUGUGGAAUGGUUACAAAUCAAACAUGGAUCGAUGUGGCAUCCAUGCCGUGGCCUUCGUGCUGUGUUCAUA